AACAUGUCAGCGUGGGCAGUCUCCAAUACAAACCUCUAUGACGCCACGCCGAAUGCCGGUGGCGCCACAGGACCCAGACAUCGGCGGCUGCUGCGCCUGGCCUGGCAGACGCUCGCUGCCAGAUGCCAGCAGCUGGGGGAUUUUCUGAGGCGGGAGACGAAUAAGCCGCUGCCCAAAGAGCUGCGCCGAUCGUUGCGACUGAAUAAAUCGGCUAAACGGAAGGGCUAUCAGCAUUACGAGAGCGAGGCAGAUAGACGACGCAUCAAGGACUAUUUGAAUGAGCCCAUUAAUAUAUCGAUUCGAGUGGGACCUGCCUAUGAAUAUAGGCCUUCGAGUUAUUAGCCAAAUAAGACGUAAUUAGCCUUAAACUAUAGAAAUAUUAGAUAAUUACAUUAACUUUA